UAACCUUACCUUACACCUCACUUUUUCACUAGUGAUUUUUUUCAAAAAAAUCAAAACAAAAAUCAUAAAGCACUCCUAACACUGCAGAGUUUUUAAAAGUUAAACUUAUAAAGACAUGGGAAAAAGACGCAGGAAGGGACGUUCAGUGAGGAAAAACAAUAAUGUCCACCAAGAACCAGAGGAUGUGGUCAACGCACCCCAUUCCUUUGUGAUACAUAAAGGAUUACCAGGGGGUCACACUUUGGAACUCACUAAAGACUUUCGUAAAGUAAUGGAACCAUUCACUGCCUCGUCACUUAAGGAAAGAAAGAAAAACACCAUCAAAGACUUUGUCUCAGUAGCAGGCCCCCUACAUGUAACCCAUUUAUCAAUAUUUUCCCGCACUCAACUGGGCAUGUAUUUAAAAAUCAUAAGAUUACCCAGAGGACCAACACUAACCUUUAAAAUACACAACUUUUCUCUGGCCCGAGAUGUAGUUUCAUCCCUGAAAAGGCAAACAGUCAUUGAAGAAGCUUUCAAACAUUCACCUUUAAUAGUUUUAAACAGUUUCAGCGGUGAAGGGUUACAAAUGAAACUUAUGGCUUCAAUGUUUCAGAAUAUGUUUCCCACAAUUAAUUUAACAACUGCCGAUUUAAAUACCAUCAAAAGGUGUGUUUUGAUGAAUUAUGAUCCUGCUACAAAAUUAAUUGAUUUUAGACAUUAUAAUAUUAAAGUUGCCCCAGUAGGAAUAUCGAAAGGUGUUAAAAAAGUGGUGCAAGGAAAGGUACCAAAUUUGGCUAAAUGCACAGAUAUUUCGGAGUUUUUUACAAAGACCGCAGUGAUGUCAGAAAGUGAAGCCGAAGAUGACCCAUCAAAUCAUGUAACUUUGUCCCAAAAAUUAAUCACCAGGGGUAAUAUUGAGAGUGGCAAAUCAGCUAUUCGAUUAACAGAAUUAGGACCAAGAUUAAGUUUACAGCUAAUGAAAAUUGAGGAUGGUCUUUUAGAUGGUGAAGUAUUGUAUCAUGAUUUGAUUCACAAGUCUGAAGAAGAAAAAUUGGAGAUACAAAAGACACGAGACCUAAAAAGAAAAUUGAAAGAAAAACGUAAGAAGAUCCAAGAUGACAAUAGAAAGGCAAAGGAAAAGGUGUUAGAAUUACAUAAGGAAAAAUCAUUAAAAGGAAUGAAGAAAAUGACUGAAACUGAUAUCCAAAUGAAAAAAGUUUCUAGAGAGGCCAAUGAAGAAUCUGAGUUUGUAGUGGAUGAUGAUAGAAAAUAUUACCAGGAAGAAGUUGGUGAAGAUCCUGAUAAUGAUCUGUUUUCAUCAAGACCAGCAGGAACAAAACGUCCAGCCAAUUCAUAUCAUUUCAAAAGCAAGAAACCGCGAUUGGACCAAAGUCAAGGCAGAAAUCCAGAAGGCAAUUUCAAAAAGGAUGGAAAUAUGAGGGAUUUCAAAGGCAGAGACAAAUUUAAUAAAAAUCAUAGUGAUAAAUUUAAGAGAAAUGAUAAAUUUAACAAAAAGAAAACUGAUAAAUUUACUAAAAAUAAGAAUACUAAAGGGAGAAGGGUUGAUAAAACAAAUUCCCAGAAUAGGGAUCAUAGGCCUAUAGGAGGAAAAUUCGCUAGCAAGAAAUUUGGGAAAAGGCGAAAUUAAAGUUUAGUAUUGAAGAAUAUUUUUUAUUAAACACCAAAAUAAAUACUUUAUUACUUUA